UAGUUUCCACCGAAGGUUUAAACUGGAUCAGAAUAUAAGAACCAACCAAUUACAAUCGAGUAUUCCCGUCGUUUGAUUAUACAGGGAAAUACUUGACUGUAAUUGGUUGAUUCACUGUUUUGAUUCGAGAUUCAUAUGCGGAAUCGACCAAUCAGCGCGCGGAGCACUGCGAGAUGCGUUUAGGAAUAUCGAAUACAGUUCAAGGACAUCAUUUAAAUAAAGGAGAGGGAGAGAGAGAGAGAGAGAGAGAGAGAGAGAGAGAGAGAGAGAGAGAGAACAAUCUGCAACGGUCUGGCGGGAACGAACAGGAAUGAACAGGAAUUUGUUAAAACGAAUAGGAAUAGUGCUCGCAUAGAUUUCGAUUUUCGAUUAUUUCUGUGUCCAGUGCAAGAGAUUACUGACAGAUACUGAAGUAUAUGGAACAGGUGAAUCUCUUGACAAACUCCAAGUUCACUAUUAGGAGAUCGAUCGGAUAGACGGCGGAAUCUUGCAAAACAGUCCGUAUUUCAAGAGAGGCGUCACGGAGAUAGGAUUUGAUACGGGAUUGCGAUCGCUCUUUGUUUAAAUGCGCUAUCGAUUUACAUUACGAGAAGUAUGGAAAACGAUGCGAAGAGGACUCGAAGGAGGAAAACGACAGAGAAGUCUUACGAGCACCAGGCCAAACGUUCCAAACAAAUCGAGGAUGAUGCGGUGCAGAAUGAAGAGUAUACAGCUGGAAAGGUGAAAAAGAUUCGUCUUCAUAACUUCAUGUGUCACGAUGCACUGGAAAUAACAUUAAACGAGAAUGUUAACUUUAUUGUGGGACAAAAUGGCAGUGGCAAGAGUGCCAUAUUGACUGCAUUGACUGUAGGACUUGGUGCUAGGGCAAAUGUUACGAGCAGGGGAACUUCUGUUAAAGAGUUUGUAAAAAAAGGCAGAAACUCGGCUAUUAUUGAGAUAACAUUAGUAAAUAAAGGAGACACUGCUUACAAGCCUGAAGUUUAUGGCAACAUAAUUACAGUUUUACGUAACAUUGGAACUACCUCAUCAUAUAAGAUUAAAAAUUGGAGAGGAGAAAUUAUUUCUACGAAACGAGAUGAAUUGGACAAUAUUAUAUCAAUGAUGAAUAUACAAAUCGAUAAUCCAAUAUCUGUAUUGAAUCAGGACGUUUCAAGAACAUUUUUAGUUACCUCUAAGCCUGAGGAAAAGUAUAGUCUAUUCAUGAAAGCUACUCUCUUAGAUUCUAUUGAAAUUAAUUAUAAAGAGGCUCUUAACAUAUGUGAAGAAGAAUACGAUAAGUUACAGCAAUAUAAUGCGACCUUGUCACAAGAAAAGAAACAAAUUGAAAAAUUGAAGGAAAGUAUACAUAGAUUAGAGGAAAUGGACGAAUCACGAGCAGAAUUAUCUAAUCUCGAAAUGGAACUUCAUUGGGCUACAGCGAUUGUGGAGGAAACAAAACUUAAUAAAAUACAGAAUACUGUAAAGAUGCACGAAGAUAAGUUGAAAGAGCUCCAAAAUAUAGAAUUGUCUACAGAGAAAAAAGAUGAAGGAAUUGAUAAAAAUAUUGAAGAAAUAAAGCAAAAAAUUCAGCAAGCAGAACAGGAAGCGAUAGAUAGCAACGAAGCUUAUAAUAGUUCAAAACAGAAACAUAAGAUUGCAAAUGAGGCGUAUUUAAGUAAACAGCGCGAAUGGCGUUCUGUAUCAAGCAAAAUAAAACGAUUAGAAGAUGAUGCUAAUUUGGUGAAGAAAGAAAUUCAAAAGCUUGAAAGCUGCAAUGAUGAAGAAUAUAACAAGAAAAAAGAAAUGAAAGAGCGCCUAUCAAAAUUGGAGGAGAAAUUGGAUGAACUUGAUGCUUCAUUACGCACUAAACAAACUGAAUUAAUGCAUUUAGAGGCCGAUAGAAUGCGACUUCAGCAAGAUGUGACGUCCGCCAAAAAUGAAAUUGACAAUUUUGAUAGACAUAUACAAAAGAUCAAAAAGGAUUUAAGCGCUGUUGAGCAACAAUCCGAUAAUGCAUUGAGUGUAUUUGGGCCAAAUGUACCGCGUUUGUUGAAGAGAAUCGAAGAGGAAUAUAAGAAAAACCGAUUCAAGAAAAAACCACGUGGCCCUAUUGGUGCUUUUAUAAAAUUGAAGGAUGCCGCUUGGGCACCGGCUGUAGAAAGUUUUCUAGGUUUUGGCACCCUUAACUCGUUCUGUGUGGAUAAUAGUCAGGAUGCCAAGUUGUUGAACAGUAUUAUGAAGGAAAUUUUUUACAAUGAGAAUACUCUUCAAGUAAUAUGUAGUAAAUUCUUUAAUCAGGUGCACGAUGUUAGACAUCACUGUACAUAUUCGCCACAGUAUUCCAACCUCUUGGAAGCAAUGGUUAUAGAAGAUCCUGUCGUAGCUAAUUCUUUAAUUGAUCAACGUGAAAUUGAAUGUAUACUUCUUAUACCAACAAAUGAAGAGGCUUGCGCGAUAAUGUCGGAUGGUACAAAAGUACCAAAAAAUUGCAAAAGAGCGUUUACUCUUCAUGGUGACACAUUCUUUCCCGAUCCAAAUUAUAGAACUUACGGCGGAAAUUGUACACGUGCUAAAUAUCUUCAAGUUUCUACCAUGGAAGCAAUGCAAACGCUAAAAGAAGAACUUCAGAUAGCGGAAAACAAAAAGCAAGACGUUACCAUAGCAUAUAACACUGUACGUGAAAAACUAAAUCGUACUAAUUCCGAAUUGACUAACGUAAGCAUAACAGUCCGCAAACUAAGAUCCGCGCAAAGUGAAUGUACUAAUUUGAUUAAUGAAUUGAAAGAUAAAAUUGAGUCGACUGAAGGCACUUCUGUUGAUGUUUUCCGACACGAAGCUGCGGAAAUAGAAAAGAAGGUAGCGCAUGAAAGUGCCGCGGAAAAACUUUUAGCAGAGAAUGUGCAAGAACUUCAAAAGAACGUUGAAUCUCUCGACAUGGAAGUUAAGCGUUGCAGGGACUUGAGGCAUAAUUUACAUAUAGUUGUUGAUCCUCUUAAAAAGGAAAGGCAUCGGCACGAGUGUCAACGUGCUGCUCGAAAAUUACAGGGUAUUCGUCAAGCUAUACAAUGCGCAACGGGGGAAUUCGAAAUACAAGAGAGAGUUACAAAGAAAGCGAUUUCUGUCGCUAUUACAAAAUGUCCUAGGAUAGACACUACUAGAUCGAUAAACCAAAUCAAAACUUUACUGAGUGAUUUACAAGAUAAAAUUCGCGAAAUAGAAAAUCAGUUUGGUUGUGCGGAUGAAUUACGGCUAGAACUAGCGGAAAAACAAGAAAAGUAUGGAGUGCACAUUGAAUUUUCCUCUCAAUUGAAAAAAAGUUUCGAAAAACAUAUCGAACGAGUGAAACAUCGACAGAAAAUGUUUCUCCAAUUGAGGGAUACGUAUAGUGUUUAUGUGCAAAAGUCUUUCACUGAUGUGCUUUCUUUAAGACAAUAUAAGGGCACUGUAGUGAUCGAUCACCAAAAAAAAGUACUCGAUUUGCAUGUGAGUGCACGGAAUGAUCAAAAGUCUGGCAACGACACCAGAUCACUCUCGGGAGGCGAACGAUCUUAUUCGACUGUCGCGUUCAUCUUAGCUCUAUGGGAUUGCAUUCAGUUACCUUUUUACUUUCUCGAUGAAUUUGAUGUAUUCAUGGACAAAGUAAACCGGCGGGUAAUAAUGGAUAUCCUUUUGGAGCAUACUAGAUUACACCCACAAAGUCAAUUUGCUUUUCUUACACCUCUAGAUACGUCGCACAUUCUUGCCGAGGAUUAUGUAACGAUUCAUCAAUUACAACCACCAGAAAGAAGGGGCCUGAGUCAAUAAAUGUUCGAUUUUUGUUUAUUAUUUAUAUGUUUACAUGAUAUAAAAAAAGAUUUUUAAUUCUAACACAGGUGUAUGAAACUUGUUUUUUUAACAAUAAGUGAAAAUAAUUUAUUUGUUUUGUGUUGAAAGAGAAAUUCUGAAACUUUGUUUAAAAGCGUAAAAGCAAAGGUCAUUAAAUUUAUUUUAUAUACCUUUCAUAAAAGAUAGGAAUUAUUCAGAAUAUAUGUUUGUAUACGCACAAUAUAAAUAUUCUUUGCGUAACUCAAAUUAUUCAUAGCUUAUUAGAGCUGUUACAACAUUUGCUUAGAAAUAAGAAUUUGGCAACUGAAACGGUAAAGUGCCUUUAAUUGUACCGCGGAUUUUCUCUUUUGAUAAUAAAUUUUUAUAAAAACAUUUUGAUUCGUUUAAAUUUCAAGUUUGCUUCCCUUUCCAGGCUCCCAUAUCUCUAGUCUUCUAGAUGCGACGUUAACUAUUUCAUAUCCACAUAAACUAAUCGCAGGAUCCGCGAGAGACUUCUCUCCAGAUUUGAUUCUCGUUGCCAAAACAGGCUGGAUAUCCAGAAUGGCCAGAGGUGGGCGAGAGAACCGAGGUACGCACGAAACAUUGCGCGUUGCGGGCCAUGCCAGACCGGUAAGUAGAUCAAGGUUCGCACGGCAUUGCGCGAAUCUGGUCCGGCCACGGUUCCCGGCUAUAACGCAACACGCCUUUACGCAUUACGCGCGUAUUACAUGCGAUGCGCGUGAGUCGACUGGCCGGUGCGUGUGUCGGGCUGGCUGGACGAGGCGUGGUAAUCGACGUUAUGUAAUCCGUAUGCUGGCACUUCGUUGGAGAAAGUGCUCAGCGAGCGCUCGUGAAUCGGUAAUGCGGUAAUGUCACGGAAAGACGAGAUAACACCGGUGAGUCCGCGGCAGGUAGUACCUGACCUAAUUUCACUAAUUGGGCCCGGUCGAAUUCGACGUUUCCUCGACAACUUUCAAUGUAGUUUUUUACCUCCUUUUUCAGCAAAUUGGACAACAUAUUAUGUUACGUUAUGCCGAUUACUCGCGUUUAAACAUUUGAGUGCACAUGUCUCUCCCGAAUUAUGUAAUUUCAGGGCUCGUCGUUCGUGAAAACAGCAUCAAUUCCAAUUUGAAAAUGCCGAAUAAUGGAGUUUUUACCGAGUUUGAUGGAUGCUCGCUCGAGUAAUUUUCGAUAAAGAGGAAAAUAGACUUUGCAACACUUUGCGUUUUCAGUAGUUUUAAACAUUGAGAGCUUAAUAAUAAUGACAAUUAGGAAGAAGCAAUAACUACGAAUAAAAAAUGAUUCUGUGAGAAAA